CUAGAUACUAAAAUACGAGGUGAGCCACGUUCUCAACUUCCUCACGCGUGACGCAACGGGUCUCAUUCCCAUUUCUCGGUGCUUUUCUUUCUCUCCUGUUAGUGAACAGAGAGCUCCCUUACAUCCAGCGGAAGAUUUUUCGAUUUCGAUUUCUUCCUCUUGGGAUUAUCCGAGGAGCCCCAGCAAACCAAAUGGCGGUUUCAGUAUCAACAGCAACUCUCCUUUCACUGCAAUUGCAAUUGGAGCGCUCCACUGGUUUCGCUUCUCUUAAGUUUUCUGCUUCCACUUCACUUCGAUUUCCACUACAGCUUCAGCGCCUCCAAACGGGAAAACCGAAGAUUUUCUCUCCUGGGCGUCAAUUGCUUCCUCGUGUUGAAGCAAAGAAGCAGACAUUUUCCUCCUUUGAUGAUUUGCUUGCAAAUUCUGACAAACCUGUAUUGGUUGAUUUUUAUGCAACCUGGUGUGGUCCUUGCCAGUACAUGGUUCCUGUUCUCAAUCAAGUUAGCAGUACGCUGAAAGAUAAGAUCCAAGUGGUCAAAAUUGACACAGAGAAAUACCCAAGCAUUGCUAAUCAAUAUAGAAUUGAGGCACUACCUACAUUCAUCAUUUUCAGAGAUGGGAAGCCUUGCGAUCGCUUUGAAGGUGCCUUGACUCCAGAUCAGCUUAUCCAACGUAUUGAGACCGCAUUGCAAGUUAAGCAAUAGUUCAUCUGGUGUGCCUUCUUGAGAAGUGUGUUCUUCAAUUCCAGCUUUUAAACUUUUUUUUGUUCAUCUUGUGGCAGCAUAUUUUAAGGGAUAAUAGUUUUCGCAUUUUAGCUCUCGUAAUAAGGCUUUGAUUUGUUAUUCAGCUUAGAUGAGUAACCAAAUGUAGACCAACAUUAGGAAUUUUGAGUCCCCUGUCCUUUGCAUGCAAGAUCUCACACAUUUACACGAAUAUCCUGGUCGGCUGGUCCUAUGAAUCAAGAAUCAGAAAUUUGGCUGGUGACCCUUGCUACAAUUGGAAUGUAUAGAGCCAUUGUUUGUAGCUUCCAUCACAAUUUAUCUAACUAUGAUUUUCCUUUUUGUGAUA